AUGACUAAACCUGAAUCGAAAAAUGCAUCUGGGAGGUUGUUUGAUAGCAUCCUAUCCGAUGACGACGAUCUCAGUACAACCUCUUCAGAUACCCAUGGCUCGCAUGGUAUAAGCAAUAUACAGAAUACCCGUGAGCAGAAGCUUCAGGUGAAAAGAAUCCAUGAUGAAAAGGAAGAAUCCACCACCUCCCCUAAACAUUCUUUGAAUGUCCAUAAAGACCCGUUUGUACCCCCAGUACCUUUUGUGUUGUCGUCUCACAAUCAACCAGAAGCUCACGUUGCAACUGCUUUGACCAAUUCUCAAUUACAGGAAUCUAUUAAGAUAGGGGGAAUGGUGUUUAUGAAUGAAGAUCAUACACAGAUCCCCGCAGUAGACACACAGCCAAAUACAACCAAGGACCCAGCUUCACCGCAUUCUGAAUUAGUGACGGAUGGGUCGGUUUUCAGACUGCAGAGUUUAGAUCUGGGUUCACCUCACGCGAUGAGCUCCAAGGUAUUGCUUUCGUCCAGCAACACGAGAGAACCGCCCAAACUUGGCGAGGAGUCGGACCACAACUUAAGUGGUGCGUCCCCCCAUGUUGAUACCUUGCCAACUCCAAAACAACCUAUUGCCGUUGAUUUUCCCAACAUCCAAACUGGUGGGGCGGCCGAGGCAAGGAAUAUCGAGGAGCAAAGGGGAUUCCCUGAACGCGGGAUGGCGCCAGACGUCAGCGUCCACUCUCCACACUCUCUUCUUCCUAUGCGUCAAUUUGAGGCUAAGGGGGUGAGCCCCAGCCUAAUCCAACAGCAGAACGACAGUGAAAUGGAUCAUUAUCAAACCUACAAGUGUCCAUAUCUUGCCGCAUAUAUCUUCCCGCGUUUGGAUGCGUCUCUGGUGAAUUCAGACACGAAAUUCACAUACGAGAAUCCUCCUCCAAACUGCGUAGAAUCUUGUAUUGCCUUUCUGUUGAGAGUUGAUCCCCGUAUGAUGGUAUACUUUCUUGUUCUAUUGGUUUCCGUGUUUCUAACUUUUAUUUCAGUCUUUGCUCCCCAAAUCGUCCACAUUCAAGAUAGCUGCUACACCUAUUGGGGAUAUAAGGCUAACUGUACAUAUACCAGCUACACUACUCCCGUGUUGUUGAUCAAAGACAAGAAAAUCAAAAAUGCUUUGUACAAUGGAUGUAUCUUUUCGAUCAUUACGUUGAUUCUUUACCUAUUAGCACUCAUCUUUGUAUGGGUGUAUAUUUUUUGUAUAGAUAAACCGCCGCGAAAUAUGCCAAAGAUUCAUCGAUGGAGAAUUGGUGUCCUUGGUUUCUGUGCUUUUAUUAUGCAUUGUGUCGCAUGGGUAUUGAUCUUGCACCUGUACCGGACAGAUUUCCAUAAUAAGGAGACUGAAAUGACAGCUCUUGGUCUGGGAUUUGAUUUUUCACUAACGGCGUGUCUUAUUCACUCGUUAGGAUUAACUUUGUUUCUUUUUGUACCAUAUUCUAAGAUUCUCUGCAUAUAG